CGAAUCUUGGAAAGGGAAAAAGCUCUCGCCAUGCUUAAAAACAAGGUUUCUCUGGAAUGGAAGAAGCGCGUAAAGGCGGAGUAUAUGAAAAUACGCCAAAGCAAGCGCCACAAAAAGGUGGACGACGUGCGAUCAGCGUGGAACCGAAACCGUCAGAAGUUGCUGGACAUGCUGAUGAGGGAAAACGACAACUGGCUUAUGACGAAUGCGGCUUGGGUACAGUGCGACAUGAAUCAAUUGCCUCAUGUGAAAUGUAUGAAACAGGCCGAAAUUACAGAUCAUGAAGGGAACCAUCAGUCCGCACCGAUACGUGUCAUUAAUGCUGUUACACCGAUACCGACCAUGUAUACCUGGGCUCCGACACACCAGAAUUUCAUGGUCGAAGACGAAACCGUUCUGCACAACAUACCUUACAUGGGUGACGAAGUGCUCGAUAAAGAUGGUUCCUUCAUAGAAGAACUGAUAAAAAACUACGACGGAAAAGUGCAUGGAGAUAAGGAAGGCAGCUUCCUAGAUGAUUCUAUUUUCAUUGAGUUGGUUCAUGCACUAAUGAACUACUCGGAAAAAGAAGUCCGCAACGGAGACAGUCCAUGCGAUGGUAAAACUGGUUUACGAUCAUCUUCGGCAAAUGACAAAGCGUCUUGUGUCGUCAAGGUUGAAGACAUCAACAUUAAAGUCAGUUCAAGAAGCGCUGUGAAAAAGCUCGAGUCCGGAGAGGGUGCUGAUGAAGAAAGCAAGACAGCGAACGAUAAAGUCACAAGCCCGGACGAAGAGUUGAUCAAGGAACCGUUGGAUGUAAAGCCGUUCCCAGCACCGAUCGUUUUUCAGGCUAUAAGCUCCCAGUUUCCGGAACGCGGUACUCCUGAGGAAAUGAGGGAUAAGUAUAUCGAGCUGACGGAACGGGUCGACCCUGAGCGACCGCCAGAGUGUACACCAAACAUCGAUGGUGCCCGUGCUGAAUCAGUUUCGCGUGAACAAACGCUACACUCUUACCACACUUUGUUCUGCCGUCGCUGUUUUAAGUAUGACUGCUUUCUUCACCGACUUCCAUCGUCUGCUGGUCAGCUAACUAAUCGCUUACAGGUGAAUCAUUCGGGUCCAAACCUGCAAAGGCGCCGCUGGCCCGAACUGAAAACUCCGAGCAAACCUUGCAGCGACACAUGUUAUUUAUUGCUGGAUGAAAUGAAGGAGAAAAUAGCUGAUGGCGAUAGUAACAAGCAGACAUCGUCCUUGCCGGAUUCUGGUAACGAGGCAAGUUCCGAAGAUAGCAACGACAGCAGCCGCUAUAGCAAGGACACUCCUUUUGCCAAAUCUCCCAAUGGUACUAGCGUGUUGGAGUUGUUUAACAACAGCCACGAACCGUGGAAUGGGUCGGACAAAUCGUUCUUUCGAACGCUCCAAAAAACCUAUCUGCAUAACUUCUGUGCAAUUGCGGAAGCGAUGCUCGUGAAGACUUGCCAGGAGGUUUACAAAUUCGCCCAGCAGGAGGCUGCUGAUUUCAUGCCUGUGGAGUUGAACAAGGAUAGUACGCCACCGAGAAAGAAGAAAAAGAAGCAACGACUUUGGUCAAUGCACUGUCGAAAGAUCCAGCUGCGUAAGGAAGCAAAUGCGAAUCACUUGUACAAUUAUUCGCCCUGCGAUCACACCGGCCAGUGUGACACCAAUUGUCCGUGCUAUGGGAGUUUUUGUGAAAAGUUUUGCAACUGCAGUAGUGACUGCCAGAUUCGAUUUCCAGGAUGCCGAUGCAAGGCACAGUGCAACACUAAGCAGUGUCCCUGUUAUCUGGCUGUACGCGAAUGUGAUCCGGAUCUAUGUCAAACGUGCGGAGCAGAGCAUUACGAAGUUAACAAGAUCACGUGCAAGAACGUGAGCGUUCAGCGAGCUUUACACAAACAUCUACUCAUGGCACCAUCGGACGUUGCUGGGUGGGGAAUUUUCUUGAAGGAAAGCGCACAGAAAAAUGAGUUCAUUUCUGAGUAUUGUGGAGAAAUAAUUUCGCAGGAUGAGGCGGACCGCCGCGGCAAGGUGUAUGAUAAAUAUAUGUGCAGCUUUCUCUUCAAUCUCAAUAAUGAGUUUGUUGUGGACGCUACACGCAAGGGGAAUAAAAUUCGUUUUGCCAACCAUUCCAUCAACCCCAACUGCUACGCCAAGGUGUUAGUAGUGAACGGCGACCACCGCAUUGGAAUAUUUGCUAAACGGCCCAUUCAACCCGGCGAGGAACUAUUCUUCGAUUAUCGUUACGGUCCAACAGAGCAACUGAAGUUCGUCGGUAUCGAGCGAGAGAUGGAAUUUCUUUGAAGAUCCACGUUGAACGAAUUGACCCCAGGUGCCAGCGCCCAUUACUAUCGCUCGUGUUCAUUUUUCGUUACUAACGGAACAAACUUCUUGGGUCGUGUGGUCGCUUUUUUAUGGUUUGGGUUUGAAAUCAACUCUCUUAAUGCUUCAGGAUAAAUUUCGCCAACUUCACUUCACUUCUUGGCUUGUUUGCGCAUUUUUGUUUCAGUGGAGAAAGACGAUUUUCGAAUUAGAAAUUUUCUUUUUUUAAUAGAAUUAUGGAAAAACAAUGAAACAGUGAAGUCCGAUAAAACAACGCUCGAUAAAACUGCGACCUGUUUGAUGCAAUCAAAACGUCUGAACGUCUGCGCAUUGAGAUUGUAAACCCAUGAACGGUAAAGAGGACUUUCUUACUGCUUGAGAACCCUGAAGAACGAUGUAGAACGACCAGAAGAUGUCUACUCGUGGUCACUUAGUUCGUUAAAUAAUGGGUUGUUAACAGGGCAGUAUCGAUUAGGUCUUCACAACGCAAUGCUCAAUCAAUCAGAAUGUUGUUAGUUUUCGAAGUUUCACUGUAUCUAAAGGAAGAUAACGACUCAGUUAAGUUGAUAUUUAUAGCACACACGUUGAUAAAAUUUCCUACAAUUAGGAUAAUAACAGUUUCACAUAAAGAGCACUACUUACCGAAGUUAUCCUCUUAAUUUAGGUCUUAACAAUGGAGUUACUACUUCUUUAUUGCUUUAUUUCAUCUUAUUUCCUGUUCUAAUUACUUUUGGUUUAUUACGAUUGUAUCAGUCACAUGUGGUUUGCUGCGAGAAUUAAUUUCGGGACAAGUUUUAUUAAUAAAGCCAUGGAACCAAUGGUAG